CGUAUUCAUUGCAUCUCAACGUGCACAUAACAUGGGCCACUGACUGCGUCAUGAUGACUAUCACACACACGACACAAUUUGUCCGUCAACCCCACCCGCCACUCUCACGACAAGUGUACCCGCCACUUGGGCCAGACUGUGUGAGAGGUCGUCAGCGUCUGCUACGACACAGCAUCCCCUGCCACCAAGUGGGGCCGAGGGUGCGGUGACGAAGCAGACACCGACGAACUCUCACACCAGACCGCGUGCACACACAAUACGGCAGCACCACACCACAACAGGGGGACAUCCAUGCAGCAGCCAGGCGACAAGACGACCGACCCAUCAAUUCGUCAGGCUCGAGGAGGAUCCAUCCACCGGAAAACACAGCCAUCAAUCCAUCCAUCGGCGCACACGACGCAUCACACCACACCCCAGCACCGCCCGCCAUGUCACGACAACACGGCAAGGCAGGUGGAUCGAACAAUGAAUGCUCUCAAUAAGGGUAUACACACACGCCACGCCCGGCUGGGAGGCAUCCUCUCGUGUCCUCUUCUCUCGUCUCCUCUCGUCACACACACGACGGCCGGAAAAAACACAACCAGAUACAUAUACUGGAGGAAAAAGGACGCCAUGCCGUGGCGUGUGGGCGGGAGUGAGGGAGUCGGUCGGUGCCUCUCUCUCACCAAUGGGGGGCACACACACACACACACAGAGAGAGAGAGAGAGAGAGGAGAGGCAUUGUGAUGUAUCGGUGGCCACUGAUUCUUUAAGGCAGGCAGCUAGGCGAGUGAGUGUUGAUAUGCACACAGAGGGACAGACAGGAUUGCGGAUCAUAGGAGGGGAUAUAUGGCCGCGUCAUCGGCCUGUCUGUGGGAAGAAAACACGAAACUGCUGACUGAAUAAAAGGGGCAGGCAGGCAGGGCACCAGGCAGCUUCGUGAUCGUCAAUCACCGCCGCCCUUGUCUGUCCUCCGCCCGCGAGAAAUCAAAGAAAAAGUUUAGCUACACGGUCAGCUCCCUGCACACACACACACACACACACGUGUGUGUGUAGGUCCCAUCAACAUCCCUCUCCCCUCCCUCCCUGCUGCGUACCCACCCGUGCAUUGGUCUCUUGGGGUCGUUGUAGUUGACCCAGUCGCCAGCAAUGGGGGCGAAGAGCAGGUCCUUGGGCACGUUGAAGCCCUCGAUGUACUCGCCCAUGUGCUGGCCCGUCUGGGUGAUGAGGCGGUCCUGCUCGGGGGGCAGCUCGCCCACCUCCUGGGGCGUCAGCAGAGAGUUGGCCACCAGCCAAGCCGCGUCCUUGUGCAGCAGCAUGUGGCCGUACAGAUCCAACAACGGCAGCAACACUGAUAUAUAUAUGGAUGGAUGGAUGGAUGGAUGGACGACACACACAGACAGAGACAGACACGGGCAGGUGGUGUGUGGGAGUCGGGUUGGGGGUGCUGUGAAUGGAAUGGUACCUGGCUGCAGUUUGCGCAUCUUGGUGUCGAAAACGACGUCAGCGAAGGCCUCGAAGCACCGCUUCUCGGCAAAGGCCUCGGCGAGCUCCUGCACCAGUCGCGCCUCCUGCCGCAUCCACACCUCGAAGAUCUGUCCCGAGUUGCCGCCCGUCUUGAGCAUCGACGCACCCAGCGCACGCCCCUUCAUCACCUCUCGCUUCGCAAGCAGCCGCGACACCCUCACCGGCCCCUCACCGGCCCCGGUGUCUGCGAGCCCCUUUCGGUUCUUCCAGCCCUUCUGCACCCCGUCGAGCAGCUCCUUGGCCACCUUCUGCCACAGCACGCGGUUGUCCCCCUCCGCCGUGAUGCCUGCGUGUGCGCCUGUGAUGGCCUCGCCGAAGAGAUUGCAGGCGAGGUAGCCCUGCCCCCCGCACCUCUCGCGGCAGAUACUGGCGGUGCGCUCGGCGUGCCACGACAUCAUGGGUUUGAUGGCGCAGCACAGCAGCAGCACCUCGUACCGCAGGGCGUCGAUCUGGUCCUUGGGGGCGGCCUUGUCCUGCCGCAGAGCGUUCAGCUGCGCGUACUUGUGCUUGCACUCGGUCAUGAAGAAGGUGAGGGCGUAUGUGGCGGCGACGAGGGGCAUGAGGGCCUGCUGCUGCAGCUGGUACUCGGCAAUGGCCGUGUCGCUCUUGCCCGUGGGGCCCACGCACAGGCGGCUCUGGGAGUAGCGGACGGCGAUCGUGAGGGCCAGUUUGGUCUGGCCGAGCAUCAUGGAGGCGAUGCACAGACGGCCGCUCAGCAGCUGGUCAGCCUGGAUCACGAAACGCUGACGGCGGCCCUGCACCGUGCUCUCGAACUUGCCGCCCUUGUGAACCGUCGACACACGAUCCAACAGGUGCUCACGGGGAAUGCGCACCUGACCACACACACACAGACAGACACACACGCACAGAUGGACGGCCGGGUGCGGGGAUGUGUGUGGCUGGUUGGUCGUCUCACGUACGUCUUGGAAGUGGAGUUUGGCGUUGUCGACGCCGUUGUUGCCUAUCUUGAAUCCCAUGUCCUCGAUGGUGACGCCCUCACACACCCGACGGUCAUUGUGGCGGAUGCGGACGAGGAAGGGGUGCACCCCCUGGCUCUCGCUGCUCAGGCUGGGGAUAAUCAGCUGCGCGAACACCACACACCAGUGGGCGUGCUGCGCCCCGUUGGUUAUCCAGUACUUCUGGCUGUCAGCCACACACAAACACAGAGGGAGAGAGAGGGAGAGAGAGAGGGAAGGCUUUCUCGUCUUGUGUGUUGACUUUGUUUGUCGUGUGUUUGUGUGUUUGCCCACCUGAGUGGCGUGGGGCAGUUGAUGAUGAACUCGUCUGUGUGUGGGUCGUACGUGGCCGUCGUCUGCAUCUCCACCGCAUUGUUGCCGAACCCCAACUCAGUCAACGCGAAACAACCCACCUGCACACACACACACACACACACACACAGAGCCAAACAGACAGACACGCAGUCAGUCGUCGUACGACCCCCAGCCCCCAACACUACCAAUGAAUUGAAUGCACUGACUGACGCACCUGAUCGAACGUGUCCACAUCUGGUAUGAUGCCAUGGUGUUUGUCGGUCCCCAGCUGCAGCAGCGUGCCGCCGAAGAGGUUGAACUGCACCGUCAGCUUGGUGGCGGUGCCGGGGUCCCCCAGAAUGCCCACUGCCUCGUGCACCGUGAAGACGUUCGCCGGGUUGCGGAUGAAGUCCCACACAGACACAACGCCGCCCUCACACAGCGUCUUGAGCCGCCUGUAGGCCAACUCUGACCGACCAGUCACCAACACACAACAGAAACACGGCAGGCACUGAUUCCUUCCUCUCUGCCCUGAGGUGUUGUCUUGUGCUGUGCUUGCCUCUGUGGGCGGCGAGGGCGACGUUGAAUCUUGGCGUGAAGAGGUCCCUGUGCUGGCGUGCGAUUCUGAAGAUGCGCUGUCUGUUGUCGUGGUUGUCUGCGUCCAUGAGGUGCUGCAGCUGCUCCAUCACCUCCCUGUCCGACAAGGGGGAUGACGCAGAGGCCGCAGGGCUGACGCUCACGUGAGCCGCAACUAUCUCCAAUCGAUGCAUUAUCCUCAAGCAACUCACAACUUGCCGACAACGAAAGAGGAGCAGCUAAGGGCAAUC